GUGUGUGUGUGUGUGUGUGUGUGUGUGUGUGUGUUUCAGGGUGAGAUGGACAGAGCAGCAGCUGAUGUGCUGAAUGGUGUGGAGUCUUUAGCCUCCUCUCUUCCUACACCUGUCUCUAUCCCCUCCUGUCUGUCUCUCCCUGUUUUCUGCUCUUCCUCUCCUCUGUCAUCCUCUCGUCAGGUCACUGCUCGUCUCUAUUCCUCCCUCCAGCACAGCCAAGAGCAGGAGGUCAGAGGUCACCAGGCGGACUCUCUCACAACCAGGCAGGUGUCAUUUAAAGUGACUUCUCCUUUGGUUACCAUGACAUCUGCACCUUCUCUAAACUCUGGUGAAAGGCUGAAUGAGUCACAGGAUGUAGAGUCUGGUCUCAGUGCAUGCUCCUCCAAUGAUCUCAGAAUCUCUGGCAUGGAGGAGGUGGAGUCAGGAGGUGGAAUCACUGGAGAGAUGGACCAGAACCCACAGAGUAGCAUUAGACUCUUGAGCGGUCGGUGGCAUAUUGAAGAGAUGGAGAACGUAAGGAGUCAUUUACAGACAAUUCUGAGAGCCAGAGCUACUGACACACAUGAACUCCUUCCCUCAGCGUUACAGCAUCUUCAAGACAAGAGUGACACGACUUCUCAGCUCAUCAGUGGUGUAGAUGAGUUGUUCCCACGAUAUUCCCGUCUCCAAGCAGAUUUUGACUCCGCCUCGUUUCACUCUGUCUCUGAGCUGCAGGUGAUCAGAGAGAGUCUGGAUAGAGAAAGAGCAAGACGCAAGCACUUGGAGCAGCAGCUCUUGGCAGUACAAAAUAAGGCAUUAGGGUUGCAGCAGCAGUUAGCACUCGCUGUGUCUGCAGAUCAUAAGAAGGACAUCAUGAUCGAGCAACUUGAUAAGACGUUGGAGAAGGUGGUGGAAGGGUGGCGUCGACAUGAGAGAGAGAAGAGUGAGGGAGUGAGAAGACUGCAGGAGGAGAAGGAAGCAGCAGAGAGCACACAGCAAAAACAAAGUGAGGCUUUGGCUUGCCUUGAGAAGAGUUUAGCUGAGGCAGCAGAGACACUGGACAAAGAACAAAAACACAAUGAAGACCUUCUGAAAACCAAUAAACAGCUGGAGUGUGACAUGGUGAAGCUACGUGAGUGUGUAUGUGAGCUGGAGCAGCAGGGGAAGCAUCUGCAUGCUGAAGUGGAGGAGAAGAAGGCUGAGGCAGAGAGACACCAGACACAGAGCCUGAAUUUACAACAACAAUUGGAACAACACAAACUCGAGGCUAAACUUACCCACACAGCCAUGCAGCAGGAGCUGACACUGCUCACACAGCAGCUGGGUGAGAAACACACACACCCUUCAGAAAGAGUGGUUCAGGAGAUCCAGCUGCGUGAGGAGGCCCAGUCCAGACUUCAGCAGCUGCAGCAGGACCUGGAGCAGACUAGGAGUGAGAGAGACACAGCCAGAGUGGACCGAACACUGGACCAGGCUCGGUUUGAGGCUCAGCGCUCACAGUGGGAGGUGGAGCACCGACUUUCUGUGGAGCAGCAGGUCACAGAACGACUGGCAACCAUACAGGAGGAAAAUGCUAAUGCGACCGCUAAACUACGGGAACAGCACAGGAAGCAGCUGCUUGAUCUGAGUGCUCGUCAUGAGCGAGAGCUCUCCAUUCAGUCAGAUGAGUUUAGAGCACAGCUGAAGGAGAGAGAUGACCGACAGCACCAGUUCACACUCGACUUCAGCAACAAGAUGGCAGAACUUCAGAAGGAGCUGGUUACCAUGGAGACCAGUAAGAGGAGGCUGGAAACACAGAGGGAGGAGCUUGUGUCUCGCCUGCAAGGAAUGAUGCGCUCCCAUUGGACAGAGGCUCUGAGACUGCUGACCAGUCAGGAGCAGAUUGAAGGGCUGUUGUCCCCCUCGUCUCUGUGGGAAAAAACUAAACCACACUCAUCUGCUCAAACUCAGGACCUCAGCAUCUGCAGCACAGCACACUCACCCUCUACAGCAUCUCCUCAGGCUGUGGAUCUCCAGCUGUGCAGAAACCAAGAGCGAGGGAUAAGGGGACAGGGAGCCUUUGGAGGGGACAGGGGACGAGUGGAGUUUGACCUCAGCCUGUUAAACCACAGCCACACCUUCAGUCCACUGGAGCCAAUGCUGGAUAACACAAACCUCACAGCUAUAGGUGGUGGUGGGGAUGGAGACCUGUGGGACAGCCCUGUGGAACGAGAGAGACAGACAGUGUACAGAGGAACUGAUCAAGGGAGAGAACAAACAGGUAGAGAGAGCAGAGAGAAGACAACUCAGUCUGGAGACAAUCUGACUCUGCAUUCAACUCACAGCUCUCAGGAUCUGUACUGUGAAGUGAAUCACAGAAGGAUUCAGUCUGACCAGCGAGUCAUCAGACAACCAUUUCCCAGUCCCAAUGUCAAUCUGACUCAGACAUUAAAUCCCAGGCCCAGAUCCAAUCAAGCACAUGCCUUAACUGAUGUAUGGGCCAAUCACAGCUCAGAUAGGAGGUCGGGGCGAGGUGAUGUGUCAGGGACUACAGCUCCACUCACAGAAGAAAAGAGCCUGUCCGUCAAAACGAGAGCUCCUCCCCUGGGGACCACCACAUCAACUUUGUGUGAUGAGAGACAAAAUGAACUGCAGUACUACAUAGCAAAGCUGUUGGAGCGUUCUCCAGGUGAACCUUUGGAUGUACAUCAGGCAGAGCUGAGCAAGAACACAGCAGAAACACAGUCCGCUAACUCAGGUGUGAGCUCUCAGGUAGAGCCGAAGCCAGAGCAGCUCACUGACCUUCUGCACCUGACACUGCCCUCUACACACACACCGCAGCAACUGCAGCAGCACCUUGACAGCUUUAUGAGGUUGGGGGAAACAUUUGCUGAGCCAGUUCGAGAUAAUCUGAAUUUCAGCAUAGCACAAAACAACAAAAGGGAGCAGCGUCAGUCUGCGUCUCGCGCCACACAGAUCACGGCCACACGAGGGCGCCGGGCUGGACCCCAAGGUCAAAGGUCAGGAUCUAAAGUCAACGCUUGGAGAUGAAUGAACUUGUGCGUUUUAUUCAGACACAGAAAAUGGAGUGUUUCUUUUUGUACUAAUAAAUUAUAAUAAUCACUUUUUUUAUUAAAAUGCCUUUUAUAAA